GCGUGCUGCUCUCGUCGUCACUUCCCGGAGCAGAGGCGAUAAGCGAGGCGGCGAAGCAGCGCGCCGCGAAAGCGGGCCUCGCGUUCGUCAAGGCCGUCCUCACCAUGCUCUUCCCGCCGCCCACGCCUGCCGCCAAGUAUUACAGCGCGGACUUUUCGGAUUUGAACGUGGCAGGGACGUUCAGCAUCGCUGUCCCCUCCAAGUCCGCGACCAAGCUGUCGCAGUUCCGCCUGACCGCUGCAGGCUCGCCCUAUCCGCCAAUGGAAGUGACUCUCAACGCGAACACUCCCGUCGUGCUGGGUGCGCUUGGGACCAACAUGCAGUGCUCCCAAGUUGCGCCGAGCGUGUGGGACUGCUUCGGCCAGACCAAAUUUACCCAAGCCAACAUCAACAACAUCGGGUUCACGGCUGGCGUGGGGGUUCGCGUUGACUCGCAUGCGCUCAGUCUGACCUACUCUGACGCGCGCAACAUGGGGCUUAUGGUCGACUCCAAUGCCAACCUCGCGAAAGCCCCUUCGACUUCGAAAAUGACGCAAGUGUUUGGUAAAACCGAUCUGCUGGCUGGGGUUGCUGCUGGAAGGUUCCAGGCAGCGAUUAACGGCGAGCUCAAAGGAGGAGCGAUGUUUGCAGUCUCCAAUAUAUCUCAACCCCACUGCCUCAUUUCGCCGCCCUCCCUUCUCCCUCCUCCUCGCAGCAACCGCAAGUGCAAGCUCGACGUGAGCAUCGUGGUCAUCUCCCCAGACGCCCCCAAGCCGGCAGCAACAAUCUCUGUCACCGACCCUGCUUCAGCCCAAACCACCGACAUUCCCCUUUCUUGCGCCUGGUCCCAGCCCCGCCCCGGCGUGUGGCUGUGCGAGUGGCUGGACAACUUCCCGAGCGUGUCGGGUGCUGCUGGCACUGCAGACGCUUCUUACAAGAUAGCUGCCAGCAUGCGUGCAGCGACCCUUCCAGGCUCGGCGGUGGACUCGGUGUUUAAGCUGACCGUGGAGUCAGAAGCAGGGGACACUGCUGACGGCAUGCUGCGCUACGCCCUGUGA